UCUCCAGAGGUAUCAGUGUCUCUCUCUCUCUCUCUCUCUCCAGAGGUAUCAGUCUCUCUCCAGUAUCAGUGUAUCUUCAGACUUACCCAGCAUCGUUGUCCGUCCUCUUCAGUCCUUUGGAGAUGUGAGUCAGACUGUGUCUGAACUGAGAGAGAAACUAGAAGACUUCCUUAAAGGAGAAUGGACCAAGAUCUCCACUACAGUGAAUAUAGUGGAUGUUGUACUGCCUCCAGAGCCCAAGACCAGAGAACAGUUGUUACAAUAUUCCUGUCAGCUCACACUGGACCCAAACACAGCACACACACAACUCUCUCUGUCUGAAGGGAACAGAAAGGUGACCUGUACACACCAAGUCCAACCAUAUCCUGACCAUCCAGACAGAUUCACCAACUGGUGGCAGGUUCUGUGUAGAGAGGGUCUGUCUGGACGCUGUUACUGGGAGGUGGAGUGGACUGGUGGUGUUGUUACAGCAGUCUCAUAUAAAGACAUCAGCAGAACAGGGAGAGAUGGUGGAUUUGGACUCAAUAACAAGUCCUGGAGUUUAUAUUACUAUAGUGGUGGUUAUUGGUUCAUACACAAUAAUGUUGAGACUAAAGUAUCAGGCCCUCAGUCCUCCAGAGUAGGAGUGUACCUGGAUCACAAGGCAGGUACUCUGUCCUUCUACAGUGUCUCUGACACAAUGACCCUCCUCCACAGAGUCCAGACCACAUUUACUCAGCCCCUCUAUCCUGGGUUUUGUCUCAAUGAUUAUAAUGAUACUGCUGAGCUGGUUAAACUGUAAACUGAUUUGUUACUAAUUAAAAUUCAAUGCAAUGUUUUAA